AUGGCCCAACAACCUCCCAGCAGUGGAUUCAAGCUCAAGCUCAAACUCACCGGACCACCACCACAACAACAACAACAGCCGCACCAGCACACCCACCCAGCCCGCCAGCAUCCGACUGCCCAUCCUACUCGGAGAUACCCGGAGGAGGACGAACAGGAGGACCAGCUGGCCUCAUCAGAUAUGGUUGGCGCCGACGAAGACGACGACGAGGAGCAGGACGAGGCCGAGGAAGAGGAGAACGGGGCGUAUGCGGACCAGGACGGACUACCACACCAACAACAAGCUGCUCAAGCUCCUCAGCCGGUCAUCAUCAAGCGGCCAGCAAAGUCCAAAAACCCCCCGUCGAACAGCAACACCCACAUCACUGUACCCGCCCAUAGCACCAAUCCACCCGCCAAGAAACGCAAGACAAACUCCCAACCGACAGCCAUCCGUGGCCACCAUCUCACCACCGAUCAGGACCACGGCGAGUCCGAGCUGAGCUCCUACACCUCCGACCAGGCUCACCAAGUGGCGCCCAGAUCGAGAACGAUCAAAAUCACCAACCCGUCCAUCAACCCGAAAUCCAAGGCGAAAACCAAUCUUGUGCCUCUCACCGAUGCCGAACUACUCUCAGCCGCCGCCGGCCCGCAAUACCCAGCCCAACAAGUUCCAUCCCCCGGAGAAGCCGCCCCCCCUGCUGCUGCCACUGCCGGCCCUGGCAAGUCUUCGAAAGUGGGUGCACUCAUGCCUGGCGCGAAGAAGAAGAAAGCGGCGGAGGGCUCCAAGAAGCGUGCUAUCUCUGCCAAUCCCUCUGCUGCCCUGGCCACGGCCCCAGCAUCCAGCAUAAACCCACCCCAGCCUGCGCUCAUCUUGCGAUCUAAUCAACCUGUGGCCCCUGCAGCGAAGGCGCCAGGCAAAGCUAAAACCAAGAAAGGCUCUAAGCUUAGCCAAGCGAAAACCCACGAUCCAUUCGAGCCCACCCCACUCCCAUCAGGAGUAGCCACGCCGAUCAACCGGCCGCCGCCGGGCCCGAGGCCAGAACACGACUACACCCUCGGGCCCCCACCCCCGCCCCCGGUGCCUGCCCUCAAACUCUUCCCCGUCGGCCCCGCUCCACGAGCUCAGGGCCAGUUCUUGCCCGCCCAAGUGCUCGAAAAACGCACCCCGAGGGUCCGCUCUUGGAGGAAAAUCAGAAGAGAGGUCGUCGGCGUCUCCGGUAUCCCCUUCUGGAUCUGGACUUAUGCUGGCGAUGAGCACUCCGAUUAUGCCAUUGCAAAGCAACAUCAACUCACUCAAGUUGUGGCUACACCGAGCUUACAUCUAUCCAACCAAGAACCCCAAUACUUUCCACCCACCCAACCAUCCAGACCAGCAUCAGUGGCAUCCUCGCACGCCAAGCCCUCGCCGAUCAGGAGCUCGAGCGGGCCAUCGAGGGCCAAGUACAUCGCCAACGAGCCCUCCUCUGGCAGCCUGGGGGGGCCGGUCUUACCGGCGAGUUUCAGACGGCCGCCGAUGUCGAUCGGGAGUCCGUUGAACGGCAAGGCUGGCGUCGACCAUGUCGCCCGUGGUAGUACUGCUGGCAAACCUUCUUCGGCCAACUCAGGAGAGCGACAAUCUUCUGCUAAGACGUCAAAUCCAAGCCAACAAUCACUGGCCAGCAACCCACAUGGCCCAUUGAUCCAACUCCCUCAACUAGCUGUACCCAAGUGA